AUGAGGGAGGACGGUGGGCAUGGCGAGAGUGCCAUGCAUGGAGAAGAAGGUGGGGGUGGAGGUGAUUCAGGUGAAGGUGGAGGAGAGGAUAUGAGGACGUCCACCAGCAUGCACAUGCACAUGCACACAGACACAGUAGUACUGGGUUCUCAUCCGGCGACUAGCGAGGACGAUUUGUUCAACAGAAGAAGCAGCUGUUCCGGCAGGGGCAGCCAUUACAACUACUCAGAGCACAUGCAUAGCGGAAGUCAAAUAUUAAGCCCCCAGAGCUCUCCUUGCAAUAUGUCCCCGUGGCACCAGUUCCCCUCCACGUACGCCGCGUCUCCCUGGUCCCAUGCCUCCUCAGCCGCCGCUGCUCCUUAUUUUUAUCAAGAACAGGGCGGCAAUGCCGGCACCAGCCUGAUUGGCUCAUUGGUCCGGGAGGAGGGCCACAUUUAUUCGCUCGCAGCCUCCGGUGAGCUACUUUACACUGGGUCCGACAGCAAGAACAUCCGUGUAUGGAAGAACCAGAAGGAGUUCUCCGGGUUCAAGUCCAGCAGUGGCCUAGUCAAAGCCAUCGUCAUCGCCAGCGACCGCAUAUUCACCGGCCACCAAGACGGCAAGAUCAGGGUUUGGAAGGUCUCCCCCAAGAACCCCUCCGUUCACAAACGCUCCGGGAGCCUCCCCACACUCAAAGACUACCUUAAAAGCUCCAUCAAGCCCUCCAACUACGUUGAGGUGCGCCGCCGCCGCACCGCCCUCUGGCUCAAGCACUACGACGCUAUCUCCUGCCUUAGCCUCAGCGAGGACCAAGGCCUACUCUACUCUGGCUCAUGGGACAAGACCUUCAAGGUCUGGCGCAUCUCCGAUUCCCGCUGCCUCGAGUCUGUCGUCGCCCACGACGAUGCCGUCAACUCUGUGGUCGCCGGCUUCGACGGCCUCGUUUUCACCGGCUCCGCAGACGGCACCGUGAAAGCUUGGAGGCGGGAGCUGCAAGGUAAAGGAACGAAGCACGCGCACUCACAGACGCUGCUGAAGCAGGAUUCGGCGGUGACGGCGCUGGCAAUAAGCGCGGCAGCGUCGGUGGUGUACUGCGGGUCCUCCGACGGGUUGGUGAACUUCUGGGAGUGGGAGGGGCAGCUUACAUACGGUGGAGCGUUAAGGGGCCACAACCAAGCGGUGUUGUGCCUGGCGGCUGCUGGGAGUCUGAUGCUGAGCGGGUCGGCGGACAAGACGAUUUGCGUGUGGCGUCGAGAGGGUGCGGGUGUUCACAGCUGUAUCUCAGUGCUCAGCGGACACACUGGGCCUGUCAAGUGCUUGGCCAUUGACAAUGACAUUGAGGAGGCCCAAAAUGCAGGAGGACAUGACUGGAUGGUCUACAGCGGCAGUCUCGACAAAUCGGUCAAAAUCUGGCGGGUGUCGGACCAACCGCCGGAACCUCUGCUGCGCGGUCCCCAGAACGUCCCUUUGGGUCCCGAAGACGAUUUCGAGUACGACUCCUAGACUCCUAGUUCUAAUCCUAGUCACUCCCACGAGGGCCACGACACAUUCAGAGUACUGAAAUAAUACUCUCACUCAUCACUCAUCACUCAUCACUCAUCAGAGCCUGGUGACGUGUGUGCUACCUCUCAGUUGGCUAAA